GACCUCAUGGCAGGGCUAAAUGUGGAAUCAAUUGUUAUUUUUUUCAAGUGGUUGCUUUUGAAAACAGAAAUGCAGAUCCUUUAUAUGAUCUCAUAUAUCAACAAUUUCAUGUUUAAACGUCCAAGUAACAUGUUUAUCUAAACGAAAAUAAAACGCUAUUUUUACAAAUACACAGAAUAAGGUCGGCAGUUAUGGCGCAACCCGCAGUGGUAAUGGAGCAAUGGACUUUGUUGCGGUUUGUUUAGCAAAAUCGAAGGGAGGGAGGAAAAUAAAAGACGGUCACGUGAUCAGUCAGCUGACUCGCUGGUUUUGUACAGCAGCGCGAGCGCUCGUCGGUCAGUGGGAGCUGGGUUGACAGACCGGCGUUUCCGCCCAGACUUUAAAUAAAAGGGUAAUUAAACGGAAAAGGCGAAGCAAGAAAAGGUGAAGAAGACCCGACUCUUGCCGUGGAGAACGACGAAACAAUAUUUGUGCUGGAGGUACAUCUAAAAAGUAGCUAGUUAGCUACUUUGUGUUUGUUAGCUGGCUGUAUUUAAUUGCAUAAAGGCGGAAAUUCACGUUCCAGAGUGUGAAUGAGCAAUUAUAUCCACCAUAGGACGUAAAUCGUUCGCGGAGGACACCUGCCUGUCUGUCCCCCUGGCCUGUCCGGACAAUGGGGUCCCCCCUGCGGUGGUGUCCCCUCCCUUCCUUCCUGCUGCUUUUCGGCGCUCUACUCGUAGCGACGCCGCUGUUGGGCUCCUGUCACCCGGCCCAGAUGACCGCCCGGCCCGGGCCUGUGAUCCUGGAGCGGUUCAACCCAAACGCCCUCGGUUUUAACUGGAGAAACCUCACCUGCCCCCUGUGCAAAACCCUCUUCACCAUUGUUGACAUCGCGCUUCUGAGCGAUUCAAAUGCAGAACGCGUGGCACGCGCUGUAGAGGAAGCUUGCAUCCGUCUGCACUUGGCUGAGGAGGUGGUGUGCCAUGAAAUCACUGAGCUGUUCAGGGAUGACUUCAUCAGGGCCCUGCAAGAGUCCCUGCUGUGGCCCAGUGAAGCCUGUGCCUUGCUCGUGGGGCCCGCCUGUGGUAAAUUUGACAUUUACGCGCCCUGGAACAUCACUCUGCCGAAGGGUCCUAAACCCCCUGUUACACCACCUUCUCCCCCUAAACCCGGAUCUCCGCAGAGUCGAGUCUUGUUUCUGACAGACGUCCACUGGGAUCGAGAGUAUCAAGUUGGCAGCGCUGCAGAUUGCAAGGAGCCUUUGUGUUGCCGGAACAGCUCAGGAACUCCGAGCUGGAGGAGGAGAGGGGCAGGGUACUGGGGGACUUAUAGUAAGUGCGACCUCCCUCUCCGAACGGUGGAAAGCCUCCUUGAGAACGCGGCCAGAGACGGACGUUGGGACUGGGUCUACUGGACCGGAGACAUACCCGCCCACAACAUUUGGUCUCAGACGAGGGAUCAACAGCUGAUGGAGCUCACAGUCAUCUCAAGACUUGUCCACAAACACCUCGGCCCAAAUGUCACCGUUUACCCUGCUGUGGGUAACCACGAGAGCACGCCGGUGAACAGCUUCCCCCCGCCUUUUAUACACGGCAACAGAUCCUCUGGCUGGCUCUACGCCGCGAUGGCAGAGGAAUGGGCGCCGUGGUUGCCAGAGCCGGCCUUAAAGACUUUGAGAUACGGAGGGUUCUACACGGUGGAGAUUCAGCCUGGUUUGAGGGUGGUCUCCCUCAAUAUGAACUUUUGUGCGCGGGAGAACUUCUGGCUGAUGGUGAACUCCACCGACCCUGCCAACCAGCUGCAGUGGCUGGUCCACAUUCUUCAGGACAGUGAGGAGAAAGGAGAAAAGGUCCAUAUCAUUGGUCACAUCCCACCUGGUCUGUGUCUUGGAAGCUGGAGCUGGAACUAUUAUCACAUUAUCAACAGAUAUGAAAGUACGGUCACAGGACAAUUCUUUGGCCACACCCAUCUGGAUGAAUUUCAGAUGUUUUACGAUGAGGAGACCAUGACCCGGGCAGUUGGCGUUGCUUUCGUUGCUCCCAGUGUUACCACUUAUGUAAAUCUUAACCCAGGCUAUCGCGUCUACAUUGUCGAUGGGAAUUACAAAGGCAGCUCUCGGCUGGUGCUGGACCAUGCAACCUACAUCCUGAACCUGACGGAGGUAAACCGUCCAGAGGUGCUGGGUAAUCCAGUAAAGGACCCCAAAUGGACGCUCCUGUAUCGCGCCACAGAGGCUUACGGUCUUCCCACAAUGUUCCCCUCCGAUUACGAUCUGCUGCUGCGGACCUUCAUCAGCAACGACCGUGUUUUCCAAAAGUUCUGGUAUCUGAGACACAAAGGACACGUGUCGGAGGUCUGCAAAGAAAGCUGCAAAACUACAAUACUGUGUUUUCUGCAAAGUGGGCGUUCCGAUCAGCUGGAGCAGUGCGACCUCAUUCACGGUUUUCAAGGAAACAUGGUGCGGGCGUUGAGAAAAACUCUCUGUUAACCUCAGCAACUAGAAACCAAGAGACUAUGGAGUAAAAAAUAUUGCCGAAGAUGAGCCAAAAAAAAACGGAAUUUGCUGCCCCAACUUGCAUUUAAAGAAAUCCAAAGUUUUCAGCUAUGCUUAAUUAUUUGUAAAGCCUUACAUACUAGUAAUUGGCGUUAACAAAUUUCUUUUUUUUUUUUUAAUCCUCCUGAAAUAUAGUUACUUGAAUGCACGCAAUUGUAGGAUUUUUUUAACGUCCAGAUUGCUCUAAAUUGUCGAAUUUCACAUUUCUACUUCACUGAGUGCCUUUUUCAGCAGAGCAUAUGUGAAACUAACCAUUUUCCAGCAGAGCAUUUAUUACAUUUCACUUGACUUUAAAUCCUUUCAGUUGUAGCACAACAGAAAAGUCUGUAUCAAACAUUUGUCACUUUAUAGUUCUUAUCUUUCGGUUGUAAGGAUUAGACUGACCAUAACCCAAUUUUAAACCCAUCUGCCUCAAAAAGAUCAGUGUUUUCUUUUUAUGUUUACUUUGUUUGCACUUUAAUUCAUUCAUUGAUUUGUGAAAAGAAUAAGUGUGGUUGGCUCAAAAAGAGGCGAGUAUGUUCAAGUUAUAGAGUCGGAGUAUGCAAUUUGUAAAUUGGGUUGUAUUUAAGAUUCAAUAAAGAUCAUUCUUUGUGGAA